AUGCCGUCCGCUCCAUCUUCGAAGAAAGCCAAUACCGGUCCUGGUUAUUAUGACCUGAUUAAGGAGGCUGUGAUCACGCUUAAGGAACGCACAGGCUCAUCGCGUCACGCCAUUGACAAAUUCGUGGCUGCUAAGAAGGGCGCCAAUUAUUCCAAGUCUCGUCUGAACAUUGCACUCAAGCGCGGAGUCGAGUCCGGUAAACUUGUGCCUGUAAAGGGUUCGUUCAAGCUUGCGGCUGAGGAGAAGAAGGUAGCAGGUAAAAAGCCCAUUGCUAAGCUUCCUGUCAAGAAAGCUCUUGCUCCAGUCAAGAAGGCCAAGCAACCUACUGCAAAGAAUACAUCGACAAAGGCCAAGAGCGCUUCGAUCAAGAAAGUGAUCAACUCAUCUGGUAAGAAAUCUUUGAAGUCAGUCAAGAAGCCUGUAGCCAAGAAGACUUCAGCUAAGAAGGUGUUGACCAAGAAGCCUAAGACGACCAAGAAAAAAGUUGUAAAGAAGUCAGCUGCAAAAAAGGCCAAGUCUGCAAAGAAUUAA